AUGUUAUGCACUUCCAAAAUCGUGUGAUCAGACUCAGAAUCCUAGAAAUUCCAUCUGCGAGUCAACAAAUACAGUAUUCCUUGACUUUCAUUUGAUCACCUUUCCUUGGUUCAUCUACCUUCGAUUUAUACGUCGCUCGCAAUCGAAGCGACGCCAUGACAAACUAUGCUGCUACCCAUCCAUAUGCCAGCACAACAGUGGAUCCUACUGGUCACCACGAGCCAGACGCGGCCCAGACACAAGAGGCCGACGAUGCGAGGAAGAGAAAGACUACGAAACGAAGAAAGGUCAACCACGCCUGCCUCUACUGUCGACGUAGUCAUAUGACUUGCGAUGAAGGCAGACCCUGCCAGCGCUGUAUCAAGCGCGAAAUUGGACAUCUCUGCCAUGAUGAGCAGCGACCAGCCAAGACUGGUGGGAAGCAGAGUUCUGAUGCUGUUCCGACUGCUUCGUCAAACGGCGUUGAUCCUUCAAGGUCGAUAGCUCAGCCGAUAUAUAGUUCAACAAUGCCUCCUCCAGCAACUACAGCAUGGCCAAUGAGUGUUCCUUCAGGCGCGUUCCUGUAUCAGCCCGAAACUUUAGGCAACGAAUUUGCAGUCCUCACUGACUUCUUGGAAACCUUAGACGAGGGGUCUUUCUUCACUACAUCUCCAGCAGUAACCCCCUCCCUCAUGACUACUCCCGCAUUCUCUCAAGCCCCCAAUGGCGGCGGUCCCUACCUCUCAAGUCCUGCCCCUGAAAUGACAUCCAAUUCUCAGGCACAUCCCCCUCAGGCACCCGCUGAAGAGCCUGCUCCCCCUCUUCUGCCGUCUGCCACCAAGACAGAGAAGUUUUUGUUGACUGCUGCAGAUCAGGAGUCAGGUACACGUGAUGAGCGACUGAACCGCGUUAUUCGGAGCAAAUACGAGGCGGGUCUGCUCAAACCGUAUGAUUAUGUCAAGGGCUAUGCACGAUUAUCAAGGUGGAUGGACCGCAAUGUUUCUCGGCAAUCGAAGCAGCAAAUUCUGCAACCUUUGUCUGUUCUACGACCCAAGUUCCGAGCCGUUGCGCAAUCCCUACGCGAUAUCGACCUCGUAUUCAUAGAAGAGGCCUUCGAGCGAUUACUCCUUGACUACGAUCGUGUUUUUUCAGCUAUGGGUGUCCCAGCGUGUCUUUGGCGCCGAACGGGCGAGAUCUAUAAGGGGAACCGCGAGUUUUCAGAACUCGUAGGAGUCGACGGAUACAUGAUGCGAGACGGCCGCCUCUGUAUCUACGAGCUUAUGGCAGAAGAGUCGGCAGUCAAUUACUGGGAGAAAUACGGCCAUGUUGCCUUUGACUCUUCUCAGAAGGCCGUGCUCACUUCUUGCGUGCUACGUUUCAAACCCCUUAUCAAUAUGCAGUCGCAAACGCCGAAAAAGGAGGAUGUCCCCAAUGAGGAGGGUUUCGUAAACUGCUGUUUCUCAUUCACAAUCAGGCGGGAUAAGUGGGGUAUCCCGAGUAUGAUCGUUGGAAACUUCAUCAAGUGCUGACGGGGAUGCUGGAUGUUGUAGUUGUUGUAUAGAGAAGUAACGAGCUUAUCUUGUAAGUUAUGGUAAAUAACGAGUUUCAGUCAUAGGGUUACUGGCGCGCUGACCAAAAAUCAUGACUCUCCGUCGGAAGGGUCAGGACAUGACCAUGUUGUGUAUCGCAAUAUCUAUCAGCGUCAAACGUCACCUUGAACUUUUCUUGAGAGGUGUGAUUGCAUGAGUGGUGUCAGCGGGUAGCAGCACCGGGCGGUAGCGGCAGCUAGUGCACGUCGUUCACGAGAGGCAGUUUAGGUCCCGGAAAGAAGCAAGGCACCAUCUGAUCGAUGUAGAUUCGGGGUAUUGUUCGCCACGGUACAACCAACAACCUCUUUCGACUGGGUCGACGGCUUGCAACGGCGUUUGUAAUUGCCGCACUGGCAGAUUCCGACUUUUCAUUGUACGGCACUUUC